AUGGAGAUGCUACCAAAGACUGCUUUUUCUGCUGUAUUAUCCGCUGCUGCGCUAUACGGCUUUGUUAGAUAUCUACAAAUGCUACAUGUGGGUCGCAAGUAUGGUGCACACCAACACAUCGUGGUUUCUGAAGAGACACUACUGAGACUUUUACUUCCUGAUGGGGUCGAUAUCCCGGGGGUCGUUUAUGGCGGAGACCGAACACUUCGCGCCAAAUACAGCGAAUUCUUGCGUGCGAGGAAAGAUGCUUAUAUUCAAGUAGCGAUGACCAACCUACGACCCAACGUUUAUAUCGCUGACCCCCAGGCGAUCAAGAUCAUUACCACGCAAAAGCAUAUUUACGUAAAGGAUGUAGAAUAUCUCGACCGAUUCGUGGGAUGCUAUGGCCAAAGUCUGCUGAUGGCCGAAGGUGAAGUUUGGAGGCGGCACCGCAAGCAAACUCAACGGGCCUUUAAUGAGAAAAACAUCCGUCUUGUCUGGUCAGAGACAGAGGACAUUAUGCGACGCCUAUUUAGAAUCUGGGAUAGACGAGGGUGUAAAGAAGUCCAUAUCGAUAAUGUAUCUGACGUGACCGAAACGUUAGGUCUACUUGUUAUUUCGAUGGCAGGAUUCGGUCGUCGAAUUAGCUGGGACCCAGUAGAUGAUAAGAUUCCUCAAGGACAUCAGAUGUCCUUCUCCAAUGCAGUUCGCACCGUUUCCAGGAACUUGAUUGGCAGGGCAUUAAUUCCAACAUGGGCCAAGAAUCUAACCAAGACAACGAGAGAUAUCACAACUGCGUUUUCCGAAUUUGGACAGUAUCUCACCGAUAUGGUUGCAUUGGGCCAGAAAAGCUCCGAAGUAACUGGCGAUCAGUCACAAGAUAUGCAUGAACCAAAAUUGGCUCCUGACAGCCUCAUUAAUCUUCUCCUCUCGGCGAAUUGUGAGAAUACAUGGGAUGGAGGAAAAGGGUUGGAUGACAAGGAAGUUGCCGGAAAUAUCUUCCUGUUCCUGUUUGCAGGACACGAGAGCACUGCUCAUGCAAUCUCGUUCUGUCUUGGUUUGUUGGCUUUAUAUCCAGAGGUUCAACAGGAAGUGUACGCACAGAUCGAGGAGGUCGUGCGGUCACAUGGUGGACUUCAUUACUCAAAUUUAAAGGAUAUCCAUCUUGUAGAAUGCGUAUUUUGGGAAAGCCUACGAUUGUAUCCUGUAACAUCUCACGUCGCCAGGAUCGCCACCCAGGACUCGGUCGUAAGCGUUGCUCGCAACGGUCCAGGGGCAGACGAGAAUACGCGCGAGAAUUUCUUUAUCCCCAAGGGGUCAAAUAUUUGGCUCUCUCUUACUGCGGUUCACUACAAUCCUACCUAUUGGGCUGAGCCUGAAAAAUUCCGCCCCAAAAGAUUUAUGGAACCUCAUAACAAGGAUGCAUUCCUCGCCUUUUCCACUGGAAUGCGCUCGUGCAUCGGACGAAGAUUCGCAGAAGUUGAGGGAACCGUCGCACUUGCUCUGUUAUUAGAACGAUACGAAAUUAAGAUCGAUAAGGAGAAAUUUCCCGCCAUUCCAGGAGAGAGUGCGCUUGAGCGGGAAGCACGCUUCUUAAAUCCUAUACAACGAAGUACCGUUACUCCGAUGAAAGUUCCCCUAGUUUUUAAACGUCGUAGUUAA